GACUUUCCCAUUCCUUCCUGGUCUUAAACCCUUCCUUCCCCAGAGAGUCAAAGCCUGGGUUUUACUAGGGUUUUAGUCUCUCUCUAAACAUGGGUAGCCUUCUUCUGAGGAAGUCUUCUUCAUCGCUGCCCUCAAAGAAGCUCGCCCUUGUUGCUCUUUCCCGUGUCUUCUCUCCAUCGCUGUCGAUCUCUGAAACCGUCAUUUCCAGAAAUGGCUGCUCGAUCCCCCAAUUUCACAAUUUCGCCACUGCAUCUAACUUCCCAGCCGUCGGAAGUUCUUCGGCUGCGGCGGCGGCGCCGCCUUCUCCGAGGCAAAUAGUGAGGGGCUUACACAUCUCCCGCCCGUUGGCCGCUGGAGUGGCCGUGGCUCGUUUGCCGGAGGAGGAUGAAGGGCUUGAGAUCUCGAAGCUCGGCAUCUCCCAAGAAGUCGUCUCUGCAUUGGCACGGAGGGGAAUAACUCAGCUUUUUCCUAUUCAGAGAGCAGUUUUGGAACCAGCAAUGCAGGGAAUUGACAUGAUAGGUCGAGCUAGGACGGGAACAGGGAAAACUCUUGCUUUUGGAAUUCCAAUCAUGGAUAAGAUCAUUCGUUACAAUGAGAAGCAUGGGAAGGGGAGGAACCCUUUAGCAUUGAUAUUGGCGCCUACAAGAGAACUCGCUAAACAAGUUGAUAAGGAAUUUUAUGAGUCUGCUCCUAAUUUGGAUACAUUGUGUGUUUAUGGAGGUGUUCCCAUCGGAAAACAAAUGGGUGCACUAGAUAGGGGUGUUGACGUGGUUGUUGGGACACCUGGUCGGAUUAUUGAUCUGCUUAAGAGGGGCUCAUUGGAUUUAUCAGAACUUCAGUUUGUUGUUCUAGAUGAAGCUGACCAGAUGCUUAAUGUUGGCUUUGCGGAGGAUGUUGAAAGAAUUUUACAAAAUGCACCAAAGAAUCGUCAGACAAUGAUGUUUUCAGCUACAAUGCCUGGUUGGAUUUUGAAACUUACCCAGCAGUUCCUAAAAAAUCCAGUUGAGAUUGAUCUUGUUGGAAAUUCUGAUCAGAAACUAGCUGAUGGAAUUUCCUUGUAUUCUAUUGCUUGUGAGAUGCACCAGAAACCUGCAGUUCUUGGCCCUCUUAUAACAGAACAUGCAAAAGGAGGGAAGUGUAUUGUUUUCACUCAAACAAAACGUGAUGCUGAUAGGUUGGCAUGUGCCAUGCAAAGAAACUUCAAAUGUGAAGCUUUGCAUGGGGAUAUCUCACAAAACCAGAGGGAGAGAACACUAUCAGGUUUCAGAGAAGGUCACUUUAAUGUGUUGGUGGCCACAGAUGUUGCUGCCCGAGGUCUUGAUGUCCCUAAUGUGGAUCUGGUGAUACAUUAUGAACUUCCAAACUCUUCAGAGAUCUUUGUUCAUCGAUCUGGCCGAACAGGACGUGCAGGCAAGAAAGGAAGUGCAAUCCUCAUGUAUUCAAAUCAGCAAGCGAGAGAUGUUAAAGGUAUUGAGCGUGAAGUGGGAUGCAGAUUUAUUGAGCUCCCAAGGAUUGAAGUAGAUGCUGGAGCAGCAAACAUGUUCAGUGACAUUGGACUAGGCAAUAGUCGUUUUGGCUCUAAUGGAGGCUUUGGAAGUGGUCGCUCUGGUGGUGGCCGCUUUGGUGGCAGCUCCCAAGGCUCAUCAUAUGGUCAAGUGGGUGGGUUUGGCAGAAGCGGUGGAUAUGGUGGAGGCCGUUCUGGAAAUUUUGGUGAUUUUGGAAAUCGCCAAUCAGGAAACUUUGGAAACCGCAAUUCUGGUGGGUUUGAAGGCAUGAACAGCUCAAAUCUUUCAGGUGGGUUUGGGAAUUCCCGUGGUCCAGCCAAGCAUGGGGGUGGAUUUAGUAGUUUUGGAAAUUCAGGUAGUUCAAAUAACUCUUUUGGUUCUGGGGAAUUUGGUUCAAGUCGCCCUAGUGGAUUUGGUGGCUUUGGAGACAACAAGGAAAGCAACAAUCAAAGCUAUGGGAGGAAACCUUUUUGACCUUAUUCCCUGAUGAUGAACAUAAGAGUAUGUGGAGGGACAAAUUUCCUUGAUACGACACAGAAAAGUUGCAAGUAUUAUACUCUAUUUUCUUGUAGGAAAUCUCUGCUACCUGCCAUCCCCCUCUCUAGUCUCUACUUUCAUUCAAUGUGUAAUAACCAAUUAGGGAAGAAACCAAGCCGGUGGCUUAUGCUUUUCUGAUAUUGAAAAUGUAGUCAUUUAUACGUAUGCAAUUUCAUAUUAAUUUACUAUAAAUUGUAUUAUAUUUCCUAUACAAUUUACUCAGUCAAAGAAUUUGUGACUUUAAGUAAAAGGUCACAUAUUUAGUCACUAA